AUGACGCGUACCAAGCAGAGCGCGAGAAAGUCUUCAGGAGGCUUAGCCCCUCGUAUAACCACCCGAGAUCCCCACAGAAAAGCGACAUGCUUUCUUGAUUUAAGCGAUGAUACCAUACGAUUGAUAGGCGAGUAUGUCAAUGGAGAUUUCGAUAUCCCGUUGCCGUCAUUUGGACCACAUUGGAUGAAUUUCAUGAGUGAAAUCGGAGGAACGGCAUCAAAGAAUCUUACACACUUGAGAGCGACCUGUAGAAGGAUACGUGGGGCUGUUUUUCUACAGAAUAGCCAUAUCGUGUUGAAGGAAUUGCCAAGUACUACUUCCAAUCAAAAUAUAUGGAUCAAGGAAGCAUCGAAAGAUUUCAAAAAUACAAUCUCCCGAGCUCUGAUAUCCUUUGAACCGAGAAAGUCCAAAGAUCCCAUCGUCUUCUGGAAUGAAUUUACUUCGACACUGGGAGAUAUGAAUCUUGAAGAGUUAAUCAUCAAAUCCGCUCCUUUCUGUCAUCAUCUUGAUUUCUGGUCCGAUCAUGAUAUCGAUGGAGCGGACGAAACGACGUGGUAUAAACCAUUAGGCGAAUUCCUUCACCGGCCUUUCGGACACAUCUUCGAUAGUCUGCAAUCUCUUUCUAUCGAGACAAGAUGUCCCCAAUGUGUCGCGGAUCUACCUCUGUUAUUCGUUCCAGCUGCCAGGAAGUUGGGACAUCUUAGAAUAGAUCACGAGCCGUUGAAGCCGCCUUUACAUGAUGAAGAAGCGGCGAUCUGGGAUCCUGAUGAAGCUUUCAAAGCACCCUUCGAACUUUGGCGAACCGAACAUGGCAAAGAGAUGGGGUUGAAAACUUUACACAUCCAUUAUGUAGACCCACGCUCAGAUCUGAGAUCUGUGGAAUGGUCAAACGUCAUCGGAAAUGCUUUCUCAACAUUUCGUCAACUCGAAAAAUUCAGUAUAACCCGAACCCAGGGUAUUUUUAGACAUCUUGUGCCGGGUAUCACGCUUAAAGUCUUCAAUAGGGGAGGAGGGUGGAACUUCGAGAUUGAUGAUGGGUUGAGCUUAGCAUUGACAUCACUCGACGUGUUCAUCUAUUCUUUGUCUGCACCGCCGACCCUCAAAAGCUUCGACCCGGUCUUUCGCCUUCGAAUCGGCUCUGGUCGCCCUUGUAUAAGCUCACCCAUCAGCGGUGAAAGUGGACCUGAAUUUUUCCAGAAACACGAAUUAGCGUUAGCGUUGAAGGCACGGAAUCAAGAGAUGUACGAGCCAAAUCUGAUGAACGCUAUGAAAGCAGUAUCUUGGAAAAUGAUCGAUUUGAUACCCUCAUUGGAAGAAGGCGCUUUUUGGGAGCAAGGAACAGACUCUACAGAUUGUGAUUGGUAUAGAUGGACGUGGAAAAAGAGUUCGAAUAGUGAUGGACUUAUCUCCAUUGAGAUAGAUCAAUUUCCUUUGUUAUUAAGCAGGGACUUUGUUAAAUGUUAG